CCCAUUGUUCGCAUUUUCCGCUACGGACAAUCUCCUUUCGUCACUGGCAGCUUCUUUUCCAAGGAUCUUCAUCUUGACCUUCCCGUUCCCUGCACCACCUCGCAAACCACCGCAUCCUCAGCUUCACGACUGUCACUCCUUCCUACCCGUCGUCCUUUUUUCGCCAUAUCCCCCCCUCCCCGGCCUCUUGACCACAACACCGUCCCUAGGGUUUUGGUUUGGGUUUCGGUUGUGCAAAAACAACAUCAACACACCCUCUUAAUUCCUUGCUCCACCACCAGAGCACCACUCCGUUUCGUCCCAUCCCUGCUCCUUCUCAGUCCUGUGCCCACGCGUGUUGUCUCCCGUCAUCAGUUUAAAUCCAUCGCGCUCGACUACGUUGGACGACCCCCAACUCCGAGAUCCCAGUUUUAGAAGCUCACCACCACCACCAGCACCAGGCCUGUGGUCCGCGUCGUCACCGACUGAGCAUGCCUCUACGAAUAUCACCGUUGUAGCACCCUCCCUCCUCCGUCUGGUCGCUACGGCGCAGGCACAGAUCGCGUCGAACCAUGCAUCUGCUGUCACGGUUCGGCUCCAAGGUGUCGACCGCUCUACUAUUGCUCGCGGCGCAAGCGGUCUCACAGUCCGUUCCUCCACCUAAUCUCGACAUCAAGUCCCUGGGCCAAGUUACUCUCGCCGGCGACUUCGACGCCAUUUCUAUUUACACGUCAAUUGGGCAACAAGAAGGAUCUAAUGGCACACAGUCGAUAUUGUCCCAGCUACCAAAUGGGGGCUUCGACAUUUUGUCCUCCACCGACGCCAGCAUCGAAGCACUCUGUCCGCUGGUGGUUAAUAGCACACUCAUGGGAAUCGUGGUUGGAGGUAAUUUCACCAGUGUCGGAGGGGUCGCAGCGCGAUCUCUAGCUUGGAUCAACGCAACCACCCUGGAGGUCCAGGCGAUCGGCGGGGUGCAAGGCACCGUCUCGGCGCUCUAUUGUGACGAAGACAAUUCAAUCCUGUACGUUGGUGGUGCUUUUGACGCGGGUAAUUCGACAAAUGCAAUUGGAUGGGCGGCGGGUGGCUGGUCCAGCUUGCCCUUUGCGGGUUUCGAUGGUCCAGUCAGCUCCAUCACCAAAGCUCCCGACGGCCACAUCAUCUUUGGAGGUUCUUUCACGGGCCUGGGCAAUAUAUCGUCCAGUUCCUUGAAGAACCCCGAAUCUCAGGUGAUCAAUCUCUCGACCGCUAAUCUCACCGCCCGCGGGAACACGAGCACGGCAGGCUUGGGCGAUCCGAAGAACGUUGUCUGCCCCUCGAACAGCUCGGAUGGCUCAUCUGACUUUUUGCUGGCCGACAAUACUGCAGGUAGUUGGCGUGCGGACUUGGCUUUCGGUUUCGAGCCAACCAAGCUCCGACUAUGGCAGACAAGUCAGAGUGGAAAAGGUACAAAGACGUGGCGAUUUACGGCACACCCUCUCGAUGGCAUCCUCAACUUCACCACCACAGACCCUGCCACUGGAGAUCUCAUUUCUUGCUCGUCAACAUGUCCGCUGGCAAAGUACAACGCGUCCCAGCCGUAUCAAGACUUUUAUUUCGUCAAUCUGGUAGGCAUGAACAGCUUCACCAUUGAUAUCUCGGCUUGGUACGGAAAUGGAGGUGGCCUGGGGGGCAUUGAACUCUUUCAAAAUGACAUCUUUUCUUACGCCGUCGAAGCGUUUAAUGAACCCACCUGCGAAACCACUGGCAUUCGAUCCGAAGCCACUGCGACGGGAUCUUGGUAUACGACUCCUUCGAGGGAAAGCGUGUCCGACUAUCUCACAGUUGUGGUAGGUCCCACAACCGUUGAUACCACGCUCAUAGUCUUCGAGCCCGACGUACCACAGAGUGGGAAUUACUCCGUCAUUGUCUAUACCCCUGGCUGUCUGCAGGAUAGCUCAUGCUCAGCACGCGCCGUUGUUAAUGUCACUGGCAGCCUGACGCAGGACGGAAAACAAUCUUUCGGCACCACGCUCUUCCAAACCAACGAUUUUGACAAGUACGACAUAGUGUACCAAGGGCAUGUGGACGCCACCACAACAGGUUUUCGACCAUCUGUGACACUCAGGCCGUCAGGACAACAGGCUGCGCAACUGGUUGUCGCGUCUCGAGUCAAGUUUGGCUUCACCUCCACAACCGGUGGUUUAAAUGGCUUGUUCGACUAUGAUCCCAACAAUCACACUAUCGACUACGCCACAGCCGACUUCUCCAAGUCUGCCAUCAACAACGCCGGCACCACCCUCAAGGCCAAUGCGAAUGUUUUGGCACUGGCAACGCGUGACGACACCAUUUACGCAGCGGGUCGGUUCUCCGACGACGUCUUCGAGAACAUUAUGGCAUUCCACAACAAUAAUGCAUCCUCUUUGCCCGACGGUGGUCUGAAUGCGGCUGUGAACGACAUGUACAGCUUAGAUGACUUUCUGUAUGUUGGGGGCAAUUUCACCAACACUGCCCAGGGCAAUGUGAACGGACUGAGGAAUGUCGCUGCGUACCAGUAUUCAAAAAAUACAUGGGUCCCACUGGGCGCUGGACUGGACGGCCCAGUGGAGGCGGUUGAACCGAUGCAACUAAACAUCUCCCAGAGUGGUGGUCCAGAGACUGUGGUCGCCUUCAGCGGCUCUUUCACGCGGAUUCUCGCGUCUGAUUCUACUUCGGUGUCUCGGGUGGACGGAUUGGCAAUCUGGGUUCCCUCACAGAAGGGCUGGCUGGCGAAUCUGAACGUCCCAAAGGAGGCUUUGGUUGGUAAAUUGUACGCUGCGACGUUCCUACCGAACAACACCUGGCUCGGUGCGGGAACAAUCAACUCCCUCGGACUGGCCAUCAGUGGCGCAGCCGGCCUCCAGUCUCAAUCCGGUGGUCAGGUCGCACUUUCGCGACUUCCUGUCGAUAUCACGCCCAGCGAUGCUCAGUCUAGCACAAGAAAACGAGCUGCCCAAGCCACGCAGAAUGUGACUGGUGUCACUACAGGCCUCUAUUACACCGGCAAUGGACAAAAUGUGACCGUCAUGGGAGGACACUUCAGUGCAACUGCAACCGGUGGAUCCGCCAUCGAGAAUCUCAUGUUCUUGAAUGGUUCCAAUAACAACCGGGUGACGGGACCUCCCGCAGGGAUGGAUGCCAGUUCAACCGUUCUGGCCCUCGCUCUCUCGGAGAACAUUCUUUUUGCUGGUGGCACCAUCUCCGGGCGUGUUGAGAACACCAACAUCAACGGCCUGGUUUUGUACGACAUGAGCACCGCGGCAUAUCGAGCAAUCCAACCGGCAGCUUUGCAAGGUGAUAGCGUGGCAGUCAAUGCCAUAGCUCCCCGGUCAGGCACAACAGCCGUGUAUGUGGGUGGCACAUUUGACCGGACUUCGCAAGAUCUCUCUUGUCCAGUUGUUUGCAUGUACGACACCUCAACGAGCCAGUGGAAUACAGUCGGGACUGGAUUGCAAGGCACCGUUUCAUCUCUGUUCUGGAGGACCGGUUCAGAUCUUUUGGCUGCUGGCAAUCUGAAGGUUCAAGGCAAUCAGACGUCCCUUGCGACUUACAACACUGGCAGUCAAACGUGGUCUGUUUAUGAAAUUGCUGGUAUUCCUGGACCCGUCACGGCGUUCUGUCCUGCCACCACCGAUGCGAAUCACAUGUGGGUAGCAGGUACGGCGAAUAACGGCUCAACAUUUCUGGUAGAGAUCGAAGGAGUCAACGUGAGACCAGUCGCGGAUGCCUUUGGCGCUGGAACUACUAUUCGCGGUCUGGAAAUCAUGCCCUUGACUCGCGAUCACGGGUCGACCCCAUACCUCGACAACGAUUAUGCCUUGCUGGUGACAGGUCAACUCAACAUUCCUGGUUUCGGAAACGCAGCAGCAGCGUUGUUCAACGGCACCCACAUGGAGCCUUUAAUAUUGGCUUCGACAGCGGAUGGAAGCCCUGGCAGCAUAAGCCAGGUAUUCUCCUCUCAUACCAAUGUUCUCAGAUCAAGUGAAGGUGGGCAUUCCUUAGGGAUUGUCAUCCUUGUCGCCCUCUGUGCUGCGUUAGGCACCAUCUUCCUAAUAAUAUUAAUCGGCAUCAUCCUGAACUACAUCCAAAGAAAGCGCGCUGGAUACAAGAGCGUUCCCAGCGUGCCUUACACGGACAAACAUUCCAACAUCCAUCGGGUGCCUCCAGAAGCUCUAUUGGGCAGUCUUGCCUCGAAGCCUGGAGUGCCGGCGGUGUGAACAAUGGAAACAGAACAUAAACGAGGCUUGAACCUCGCAAAAAGGGGAUGAUGAUGAUGCCAUGAUACCCACGAUAUUUUUUUUGUUGACGACUGCUGACUCGGCGCGGCGUUAUUUCUUCUCCCCAAUUCGAGGGGAGAUGGAGGUCUGAGCGAAUUGACUUUCUUCAGCCUCCCAAAAGCACGCUAUUUUUGUUCAUAGAACGGGUGGGCCACUGGACCAUUCUUUACUAAUGUCAUCUUGCUGGCGACUGAAAGUUUCUUUCGUGUCAUUUUCGGGGCGGACAUGGGGACACAUAGUGCAUGGCGCUUUUGGCGUAUGUUCCGAGGACAGGGAGAUGACUAUUGAUAUCCAAUGUUUGUCAGCCGGGGUUUGCUUCCAGCCUAGAGCUGGAAGAAGUUGAGCGGAGGUCAAAGCUGUCGGGGGCGAUGACAAUGGGGCCAGGAAGAGAUGGAGGGAGAAGAACGAGACGAGAGCACGACCCUCGGAGCUAUGGUUUCCAGGCGAUGCUGUAAUGUAAUUGAGCGACCAAUCCAGAAUCCGUUUGUGCCAUGA